CCGAGGCCUCGGGAGUGGGACCGGAAGUGAGAUCACGUCUCCCCGGGGUGAAAGGUUAGCGGAAGUGCCCUUUCUUCCUUUCUGCUGUUUGCCUGGGUGAUUGCCGUAGAAAUGGGCAAGUUCAUGAAGCCCGGGAAGGUGGUGCUGGUCCUGGCCGGACGUUAUUCCGGACGCAAAGCCGUCAUCGUGAAGAACAUUGAUGAUGGCACCUCAGACCGCCCCUACAGCCAUGCCCUUGUGGCUGGAAUUGACCGCUAUCCCCGCAAAGUGACAGCUGCGAUGGGCAAGAAGAAGAUUGCCAAGAGGUCAAAGAUCAAAUCUUUUGUGAAAGUUUAUAACUACAAUCACCUCAUGCCCACAAGGUACUCUGUGGAUAUCCCCUUGGACAAAACCGUUGUCAACAAGGAUGUCUUCAGAGACCCUGCUCUUAAACGCAAGGCCCGACGUGAAGCCAAGGUCAAGUUCGAAGAGAGGUAAGUACAAGACGGGCAAGAACAAGUGGUUCUUCCAGAAGCUGCGGUUUUAGAUGUUUUUUGUUUCCGUCAUUAAAAAUUUUUUAAAUCCCUGUCGGUCUGCUGUGUAUAUUACCAGACUGGGAAAAGGAGAACAUUAGAGACACUGGAUGGAUAAGGGACUGAGAAAAUAUAAAAUAAACAUUAAAUCUGAUUUUGUGAGA